AUGUUUGCACGCACGCAGGAUGCUGGGCCUUCGCAGCCGCAGGAGGUCAAGCCGGUCUCGGCGGUCACCACAACGCCCAAGUCCAAGGAGGAGCGCAAGCCCACCCUCACCGCCGCGCGCGCGCAACCCGUCGACCCGAUCGACUUUGACGUCGACGCGCUCCUCUUCCGCCCCGCCGCGGUGGACAUCUCGCGCUGGCCAGGCGGCCGCCUGCCCUACUCCGUCCUCGUGGGCGUCUACGUCCAGGUCGCAGGCACACGUUCGCGCCUGGCCAUAGUCCGCGUCCUCACAAACUUCAUCCACCUCCUCCUCGCCCGCGCACCCCUCGACAUCCCCCCCGCGCUCUACCUCCUCUCCAACCAUCUCCGGCCCGCCUACAUCCCCUGCGAGCUCGGCAUCGGGAGCAUGAUCAUCAACCGCGUCAUCAAAGAGGUGUCGGGGUUGCAAGCGCGCGACCUCAAGCGCCUGUGGAGCGUCCACGGCGACCCGGGCGACGUGGCGUACGAAGCAAAGGUGCAGAUGCGCACGCUGGUCGAGCCCGUCCCGCUCGUCGUGCACGACGUGUACAAGCGUGUUUUGAAGCUCGCGGAUAUCCGCGGGUCGCAGAGCGGAAAGCUCAAGAGCGACGCCGUGCGCAAGCUCAUGGUCCAGGCGCGCGGGGAGGAGGUGCGCUUCCUCGUGCGCACGCUCAUUGGGAACUUGAGGAUCGGCGCGGUGCGCCUUACGCUCCUCACCGCGCUUGCGCGGGCCGCGGCUCUGCUUGAGAUUCCAGACAGCGAGCUAGACGUUCUUCCCAUUCCGGCAAAGGGGAAAAAGCCGAUGGACCCGGCUCGCGAGGCGGCUGAAGAGAAGUGUGUUGCGGCAGUGCGCCUAGUACGCCGCGUGCACGUGCGGCAUCCAAACUACGGGGACCUUGUGCGUGGACUUGAAGCAGGGCUGGAUGGACUGGAGGAGCGCGUCCCUCUGUCCGUCGGCAUCCCCAUCUCUCCCAUGCUGGGAAGCAUAACCCGCUCCAUUGACGAGGUCUAUGCCCGCCUCGGGAGCCUGCCCUUCACGGCCGAGACUAAACUCGACGGCCAGCGCUUGCAGAUGCACGUCCGGCGAGACGGGCCGCAGGGCGAGGACGACGGCGGCGGGCGGUGGGUCGAGGGCGAGAAUGGGCGCGCUUGGGUGCGCCUCUUCAGCCGGCACCUCGAGGACAUGACGGACAAGUACCCCGACAUCUGUGCGCGCGGCCUCGACCUCCUCUCCUCUGUGAAGGGGGAACGCAAGCCGUUUCCGUCUUGGGCUUCGGCUCCAAGCGUAGAAGUCGCCGCCCUCCUGGAGGCGGAGAGCAUCUCAUCGCUCAUUGUCGACGCGGAGAUCGUCGCUAUCGACAAAGACAGCGGCGCCCACCGCACAUUCCAGGAGCUAACGAACCGCGCCCGCAAGGACGUGCGCGUCGAGGACAUCAAGGUCGUCGUCGAGGUCAACGCGUUCGACCUCAUGCUCGUGAACGAUGUGCCACUCCUCUCCUCGCCAUUCAGCCUCCGGCGGCAUCUCAUGCGCGAGCUCCUCCCGCCCCGCCCUACACCGGCUGAUCCACUGCUCGCGCGCUGGACACACAUCGAAGCUAUCGACUCCACCGACCUCAAGUCGCCCGCGGACCUGCGCGCGUUCUUUGACAAGGUCGUCGAGCGCAAGGCCGAGGGCUUGAUGGUGAAGUUGCUUGAAAGCGGGCGCGCGCCCGCCGCCGCCGAGGCUGAGGCUGAGGCUGAGGCCGAAGUCGAAGCGGAAGCCGAGGUCAUCGACGUUGACGUCGACGACGACGAAAAGGACGACGGCGGCAAGAGCCGCAAGAAACCCCUCCCCGCCACAUAUGAGCCGGACCAGCGCUCGAUGGGCUGGCUCAAAGUCAAGAAGGACUACCUCGAGGGCCUGGGCGACAGCCUCGACCUGGUGCCCGUCGGCGCGUGGUGGGGAAACGGGCGCAAAGCGGGGUGGUGGAGCCCGAUCCUGCUCGCGGCCCGCAACCCCGAAAGCGGCGCGCUCGAAGCCGUGUGUAAAUGCAUGUCGGGCUUCACAGACGCGUUCUACAAGGACCUCUUGGCGCGCUACCCGCCCGACUCGGAUCCGACCGUCUGCUCGACGCAGCCCCUGGGAUACGUCGAGACAGGCGGGCUCGUGCCGGAACGCUGGUUCCUGCCGCGCGAGGUGUGGGAGAUCCGCGGCGCCGACAUCACCCUGUCCCCCGUGUAUCCUGCUGCUGCGAGCUACAUUGGUGGCGAGCGCGGGCUCAGCCUCCGCUUUCCCCGCUUCAUUCGGAUACGGGAGGAUAAGGGCGUCGAGGACGCGACGAGCGCCGAGGAGUUCGCCGAGAUGUUCAGGCGGCAGAUGGCGCCGGCUGGGGGUGUGGCUGCGGCUGAAAAUGGGGCAGAAGGAGGUGAGGAGGAGGCAGACGAGGUGGGCGACGAUGUGCUGUAG